AUGACACAACAGCAACAACCAUCAUCACCUUCAGCCUUCCACGAAGCCGUAUCCCUCAUCUUUGCCCGCUGGACUGCCCUCCAAAUAGCCAUAACUCACGAAACCGCAGGCCCAUCAACAGCAUCUCUCGCAAAUACACUCCUCGACGAUAUACUCCACUACGUAUCAUCCACAAACUAUGCAUCGCUAGAUCCAUACGAUGUCGCUGAGGGAAUCGAAGAGUACUUUGCCAACGUGCUCAAGAUUGCAUUGGAAGACGACUCGGGAGUGCAGGUUGCAAAGGCUGUUAUUAGUGUGUAUAAUCAGAUUGUGAAUAAGGGGGAUUUGUCAGAGCUGGUGAGGCUGAGGGGGUUGCAGAGUAGUGGUGCGAGUGGAGUUGGGAGGAGUCGGUUGCAGGCUGAAGAGGACGAUGAGGAAGGUUUGACUGUAGACGAUGAUGGUGAAGAGGAGGAUGAGGAGGAUGAUGGUAUGAAUGUGGAUGCUGAUGGUGAUUUCGAUCUUCAAGGAUCGGCACCAACUGGUAGUAGAAGGAAUCAACGAAUGCAAGUUGAUACCCAACCUGUAAUAGAUCAAGAUGGGUUUGAACUCGUUACUCGUAAAGGCAAAAGAAGGCAAUAA